AUGUUAAACCCAAAGAACAGAUCACACAGAGGAAGGAGGCGGCGCCGCAAGCACAGAUCGCACAAAGGAAGGCGGCGGCACCCAAAGAACAGAUCGCACAGCGGAAGGCGGCGGCGGCCAAGGCACAGAUCGCACAGAGAAAAGCGACGGCGCCGAAGGCACAGAUCGCACAGAGGUAAGCGGCGGCCCAAAGCACAGAUCGCACACAGGAAGGCGUCAGCCACCAACGCAGAGAUCGCACAGAGGAAGGCUGCGGCGCCCAAAGCACAGAUCGCACAGAGGAAGGCGGCGGCGCCCAAAGCACAGAUCGCACAGAGGAGGGCAGCGGUGACGAAGGCUCUGAUUGCACAGAGGAAGGCGGCGGCGACAAAGCACAGAUCGCACAGAGGAAGGCAAAGUCAACAGCAGUGA